AUGAAAAGGUUUAGAUAUAUUUCUUUCUGUUUUUUAUAUACAAUAAAUAUUGUUUCAGAGAAAAUGGGGAAGAAUGAGCACAGCUCCGAACUUUCCCCGGGAAAGCUCACGUAUACAAUACAUUCGUGCACAAGUCAUUCCAGCAGCUAUGUUGCUCAGAAUAUUCUGGAAAAUAAACCCUCAGAACAAUCUUCAAGAUGGUCCUCAGAAAGCAAUCAUCCUCCUCAAUUUAUUGUUCUUAGACUAGAUAAACCGGCAAUAGUUACAGGAAUUCUGUUUGGAAAAUUCGAGAAGACGCAUGUGUGCAACCUGAAGAAGUUCAAGGUGUUUGGAGGUCUAGAUGAAUCCAGUUACAUAGAACUACUGGAGAGCGGGUUAAAGAACAACAGUUCUCCAGAUAGUUUUAACUUGAAGUGUGAACUGAACCAACAUUAUUUUCCUUGUUCAUUUAUCAAGAUUCAGCCUAUUCAGUCCUGGGGCUCCAGUUUCAACUUCACUGUAUGGUAUGUUGAGCUAAUAGGAGAUCAAAAUCCUACGUUAGUUCAAGAGAGUAUAGACUGGCAGCAGAAGAAUAAGGAGAGAGAGGCAAUCAGACUCUGUCUUAAACAUUUUAGAGAACGUAACUAUUCCGAGGAUGGAGACUAUGAGGGGGUAGAAGAACUUAUAAAAGAAUGUCUGAAAAACGGAAUUUUCAGAGAUUAUAUCAGUCGUCAACAGCCAAAACCUAUCUGGAAUCCUUUAAUAAACCCUGAUGAUACAAUCCUAGAGGAUAUAGUUGGACCAGGAAGUGCUCCUGUAGUGCCCCUAUCUGACUCUGAAAGUUUAGUAUCUGAUGAAGAAAGGCCUCCACCACCAAGUUUGCUGCUAACGGAACCACCUCCAAGAGGAGGUCACCAGCUGGUAAUGGAUAGUACUGCUCAAUCUAUUUAUCUAUUCGGAGGCUGGGAUGGAAAUCAAGAUCUUGCGGAUUUUUGGUCUUAUCAUGUUCCCUCUAACAGGUGGAACUUACUUUUCCCUGAUACAGAGUCUGAGGCUGGGCCUCCUCCUAGAUCUUGCCACAAGAUGGUGCUGGACCCCGCCUACCGUCAAAUAUUUGUUCUUGGCAGAUAUAUUGAGAGAACUAUGAGGGUGAGUCUGUCGGCGAUUAAAUCUGAUUUCUACCUGUUUGAUUUGGUUUCCGGUCGAUGGACGCAGAUUACAGAUGACACCGCAGCAAUGGGCGGACCUAACCUUAUAUUCGAUCAUCAGAUGUGCCUAGAUAAUGAGCACCGAAACAUCUACGUUUUCGGCGGCCAAUCCCUCCAUUACAAUAAUACAGGGGAGGACAGAUCAGAUAAAAGAUUUUCUGGUCUAUAUGUUUAUCAUAUAAACACAAACACCUGGAAACUACUCUGGGAAGAUGGCCAGAUACCCGCCAAAGCGGAUCCUCUAUCCCAGCAGUAGGGUAUACACAGAGAGCAACUAUAGAUUGUAAACGAGAAGAGAUUUAUGUUAUGACAGGGUUAAAUAAGGAUAAAGAGAAGAAGUCUGGUGAGACGGGAGUGUCGAAUAGUUUCUGGGUUUACGAGAUAAAACCUGCCCGUUGGUCUUGUAUAUAUAGGUAGG